UAUGUAAAAAAACGGAAAUUGUUUUUAUUAAAGAAUUUUGCUUUGCUGGUUGCGAAACCGAGUUGCAGCUCGCUCUGGAACAAACUACACGCCUCCUCCUUCCUUCCUCUCCAUUGCUUCGCCUUCGUUCUCUCCCCUUUUGCUGUUCCCUUUCAGUUUCCCCAUUCAUUCCCAUCUGGUCAUCUUCCCCUCCAUUAAAUUCUCCUUCCCUCCUCGCUUCUGUAGAUUUUCUCGGGAAAAUCCGCUCUCUGGUUGGUUCCCUCCAAUUUCCCAAAGGCCGCCUUCUCUUCUCCCUCAGCUCGGGAAUUCCCUCCUUCGUUACUUCCCUCCCCAAUACCUGCCCGAUUCAUUUUACUCACACCUCGCUCCCUCUCUCUAGUUUCGAUUCUCCCUCUCCUUCGUUUGAAGGAUCUCUACUAGCUUUGUAAAGCUCACAAGAGGAGGAAGAAGAGAUCCCAGAGUCUCAAGAAGAUGUCGUACGCUUAUCUCUUCAAGUACAUCAUCAUCGGCGACACCGGAGUUGGGAAAUCGUGUCUUCUUCUCCAGUUCACGGACAAGAGGUUCCAGCCGGUUCACGACCUCACCAUUGGCGUCGAGUUCGGGGCGAGGAUGAUCACUAUUGACAACAAGCCCAUCAAACUCCAGAUUUGGGACACGGCUGGUCAGGAAUCCUUCAGAUCGAUCACUAGGUCUUAUUACCGAGGAGCUGCUGGUGCUUUGCUUGUCUAUGAUAUUACCAGGAGGGAAACUUUUAAUCAUCUGGCGAGCUGGUUAGAGGAUGCCAGGCAGCAUGCAAAUGCCAACAUGACAAUUAUGCUCAUCGGGAACAAGUGUGAUCUUGCUCACAGAAGGGCCGUUAGCACCGAAGAGGGGGAGCAAUUUGCUAAGGAGCAUGGUCUCAUAUUCAUGGAGGCCUCUGCUAAAACAGCUCAGAACGUUGAGGAGGCUUUUAUAAAGACAGCUGCCACCAUAUACAAGAAGAUUCAAGAUGGGGUGUUUGAUGUGUCAAAUGAGUCUUAUGGCAUAAAAGUUGGAUAUGGUGGAAUUCCUGGACCAUCAGGGGGACGAGAUGGCUCGACUUCACAAACUGGCGGCUGUUGCAGUUAGAAAAAUUGGACCCCUCUCCAUCAUCUUUGGGGAAAAUUUGUCAAGAAAGUCACUUCCUCUGUAGUGGUGAAACUGCUUCAAACAUUGUGUGAAGAUUUGGAAUAUAACAUACGUAUGUACAACCCCUACCCUUCCUUUUCCUUGCUGGUUGACUGUAAAUUCGUGUUGGAACUUGGAAUCGUUUAGUUUAUGCCUUUCUUGUGUCAGCUCUAUAUGUGGGGCUUGUAAGAAUUCUUUUGUGAAUUGUUGUGGGAGUGGUUAUAGGAAUUGAGAUGGAAUUUCCAAAUGAAUUUUAUAAGUAUUUUUAUUAAUUAUAAUAGAAUGAUAUGAUUAUCUUUAGGGUUAAUACAAUA